GAUCUACAAUAGGUGUUUUAAGCCUUUAGCCUUCUGCUCUAAGCCCUAAGUGUGACGUAGUUUCCGGCCUGAAAUGUUUCCCGCGCUGUCUUAAGUUGUAAUCUCUUAGCUCUAAGCGAACUGGCCAGAUCCCAGCUCUUAAAACUUAAUACUUAAAACUUUCGAACAAUAUAACCUUAAUUUUCAGUCAAUGAUAGAAAAGUGUAACGGAAAACCAAGUAUACUUCUCAUUUUUUAUACUUUGUCACAAUGUCGGAUAUUGACGACAAUGAUAAUAUUGAUAUUGAUGAUGAGGUUUUAAUUGCAAUUGUGCAACAAAAUCCUUGUUUGUAUGCAAAAAGUGACGCAAAUUAUAAAGAUCACAAAGUGAAAGAAAUGAAGUGGAAAACGAUUUCUGAAUCUCUGAAUUGCACAGCCGAUGAAGCUAAAAAGCGUUGGGAUUCCUUGAGGAGUCAAUUUAGCAGGAAGUUGCGACAGCAGAAAAUGCAGCCAUCAGGUUCUGGUGUGAUACCAGAAUGGCCCCUUAUGUCAUGCAUGUCAUUUCUAAAAUCUCAUAUUCAAAACAGAAA